CAACUCUCCAACUCAGAGAUAUCAUCAAAUAAAAUGUGUUCAGACGAUGACAGCAAUAAUCCGCUGAUGACUCCGAAACGAAACAAAUAUCGGCCGUCAAAAAACUUUUCGCCGCCAAAUAAUCACGACUACUGUCUGCCGCCGCCCUCUCCUGACGACGACAACGAGUCGCCCACCACUGAAGUGGUCUCAACCAUCAGUUUGUCUGAUAUCAACACAGAAUGGAGUGGUUCUGAACAGUCUAUGUUUCGAGUGCUUAUCAAAACACUUUACAAUAAUUACUGUAUUAUCGCAUCCACUCUGAAGAGCAAGUCUUGCGCUGAAGUCUAUGUAUUCGCUCAGAAAGAGGUGACAGACGGUCCACAAGAGGAUCACAUUAUUGACAAAACACCGCCGCGUAAGAAGAAAAAGAAGCACAGGUUGUGGUCAAACCAUUGCCGCAAAUUUCAGCUCAAAAAAGACGGCUCAUCCAAUCACGUCUAUAAUUACACUCCAUGUGACCAUCCGGGCCAGUCCUGUGACUCUUCCUGUCCCUGUGUUAUGGCACAGAAUUUUUGCGAAAAGUUCUGCAACUGUAGCUCCGAUUGCGCCCAACGGUUCCCCGGCUGUCGCUGUAAAGCCCAAUGCAAUACCAAACAGUGUCCCUGUUAUCUGGCUGUACGCGAGUGCGACCCCGACUUGUGUCAGGCCUGUGGCGCCGAUCAAUUUGAUGACCGAAACAUCAGUUGUCGUAAUGUAUCGGUUCAAAGAGGAAUGAGAAAACACCUGCUGUUGGCGCCGUCAGACGUGGCCGGUUGGGGCAUCUACUUGGAGGGAAGCGCUCAGAAAAAUGAAUUCAUUAGUGAAUAUUGCGGCGAAAUUAUAUCGCAAGACGAGGCCGACCGCAGGGGCAAAGUCUACGAUAAAUACAUGUGUAGUUUUCUGUUCAAUCUAAACAACGACUUUGUGGUGGACGCCACUCGGAAGGGAAAUAAGAUUCGUUUCGCCAACCAUUCAGUGAACCCCAACUGUUACGCAAAGGUAAUGAUGGUUAACGGCGACCAUCGGAUCGGCAUAUUUGCCAAACGGGCCAUUCAGUCGGGAGAGGAACUCUUCUUUGACUAUCGAUACGGACCGACAGAACAGUUGAAGUUUGUGGGCAUUGAGCGCGAAAUGGAAUUCAUUUAACGUUUAACACGUUUUUUAUAAUGUUUAGCAAAAAUUUACAUUACAUUAUAGCAUAAGUCCAUUAAUUAUAAGUCCGACCAUCGCUUGAGCUCACUAUCCAUUAAUGAUAUUACGGAUACCAUUAUAUGAUGAUUUGAAUCCCUGUGUAGGACUCACAACAAUUGUCAGUUCCAUUGAAAUUGCGCUCAAUUAGCGUUAUGUUAAUCCGUCAGUCCUUUAAUUGCUUUAUGUUUGUGAAUGUUUUCUUAAAACCAAAGUUAUAUAUGUAUUAUACACGCACUGCUCUACGAGUUGGGCAUUGAUUUAAUGAAUGAUUAAUUAGAUUUUAAUGGGAUUUUAAAACUUCUGGUAUAUACAAAUGAACAUAUUGCUUUUAAAGCAUGCCAACCUAUAUAAAAUUACCCUAUACACUCCCCUUAGGAUACCAAAAGCCAUUUGCACUGCCACUGCAUAUCAUAAGCGCUGAUUUUGUUGAUGUAUUUUUAUGACAAAAGCAUUGCUUUGUAGACAAUAAUUGUAUAAUUAUUAUAAAUUGAUUGUAUUGUUAAUGUAUUAAUGGACUUGUAUUUAGUGGAC